AUGCCUAGCGAUAAUAAUUGUUUUUAUAAUAUAAACCUGAGUAUUCACAAAAUAUUCAAUCCCAGAUAUAGUGCCCCUAAUAAAAUUAGUGACGAGAAUAGACCAGCAAAUAAGAAAAGAAGAUGUACAGUAUCAUAUAUAAAUGAAAGAACUGCAAGCCAAAAGUUUAAUAAUGAUUAUUUAAAUUAUAAUUUUAAUAAUUCAAUAACAAAAAGAAGAAAAUGCUCCCCCAAUUUAGCACACCCUAACAAAAAAUAUUCACCCCUUAUGAGUAGAAGAGAAUUAAGAAAUAGUGUAAAUCAGAGUAUAAAAAAAAGUGAAGCUUUAAGAUCUAUAGUUAAUGAAACUAUUCAAAAAAAAAAGACAGAAACAUGUGGAAAUAAAGAUAAUGAAAAUUUUUAUAAUAUAAAUAAAAAAGCAUAUUAUCUUAGUCGAUAUUCUGAGGAUAAUAAUUCAAGUGGUAUAGAAAAUGUUAAAGAAGUUCAAGAUAAAAAAAAUAUAAAAUUAUAUUUAUCUGGAAAUAGAACACAAGGAAAUAAUCAAAUAGGUUCUGGAAUAAAUAUCAAUGAAUCAUAUAUUAUGAGUAGUUUAGCUCAAAGUGAAAAUUGUUAUAGGAAUAAAAAUGUGGAUAGUUUAAAUACGUUUAGAGAAAAUAUUCCAAUUUAUGUUAAUUCGCAAUCCACAUUUUCUAGUUUCAACUUUGAUAGAGAAAUCGAAAAUAAAUAUGUAAAAAAAAUAUUACAAGAUAAUUGUCAAACAAUGGAUAAUGAACAAUUAAAACAAAAUGAAAAACAUAACAUAGUCAAAAAUAAAUAUUCAUAUAUUACAGAUAUAAAUCAUAUUGAAAAGGAAGAAUUAGAAAAUAAUAAUAAUGAGCAAAUUAAAAAAAAUAAAUAUAUAUCAAUGAAUAGUAAUAAUAAUAGAAACCUAAUAGGUAGUAGCCAUAAUGAUAAACCGAAUAGAAACACUAUAACAAAUUCUUUAAAAAGAAGACAUAGUAUUCAAUUUGAAAAAGAACAUGAAAAAUAUAAUUAUUCUGAUUCAAUUUAUAUUAACAACAAAUUUAAAGAAACUGAUAAAAAUAAUAAAAGUAGUACACGUAGACAUAGUGAUGUUAUUGGUUCGAAUUCUAUAAAUGCUAUAUAUAUGAAUAAUAUGAGAAAUUCUAUUAACUUUCAAAAUAAUAUGGAUCCUAAUAUGCCUAGACAAUAUAAUGCAUCUAAUAAUUCACAUAAUUUCAAAAAUAUAAAUCUUAAUAAAAAAUCACAAGAACACAAUGAAGACAAACCAUGGUUUAAAAAUUGUUUCCUUAAAAAUGAUGGCAUAUUUGACAACCAUCAAGGGAUUAGAAAAAAAAAAAUUGAUGCAGCAAACUCGAAUGGUCAUGAUGAGCACAGUUUGAAGAAUGAUGCAGAGUACCUGUUUAGUACCGAAUUUUUUAAAGACGUAUAUUCAAAUAUUCAAAGGAAAGGAGAAUUAAAUUUUAUUGAUGAACUAUUAGAAAAAGAUAGUGAAUAUUAUAUUAGUAAAAGUAAAUUAAAUAAAAUUGUUGAGAAUGCAAAAAAUAAAGAAACAAAAUAUCAUUAUAUAGAUAGAUUAUUUUUGUAUAGACAUGCAAAACAUGUAGUAGGAGAUAAAGAAUAUGAAGCAUAUAAAAAUAAAUGUAGAUCUAAACAAAAAUAUUUAGAUGUACCUUUUCCAAAUUUAUCAGAAAUUAUGAAUCUUCAUCCUAUUAGUGAUUUAGAUGAAAUUGAUGAUAGUGACGAAUUUUAUGGAGCAGAAGUGAAAUUGCUUGAAGAUUUUUAUUCUAAACCUUCUAAGACUGAGGAAGAUAAUAAAGUAUGUACAUUUUUUGAUAAGAAUAAGGAUACUGAAAAUAAGAUAGUAAUAAAGAAACGAACACCAGUAAAUAAGCCUACUGAUGAUUUAUAUGUAUUAGGAACUAGAGAAAAAUUAAUAAGUUUAAUGAAUAAAAUGAAAAGAGAAAAAGAUUCAUUUUUUGAACAAAUUUUAGAUGCACCAGAUUUUUCUAAAUUAUUAGAACCCGUACAUUCAGUUAAUGAAAGCUUUUUAUUAUCACAUCAAUUAUUCAAUCUCCAACAUGCUGCCCAAUUUGGACCUGUUGUUUAUCUUAUCAAAACAGAAGAUGAAAAAUAUAUUUAUAGAGCUAUUGAGGUAAGUAAACUAUAUGAAGAUAAGGUUAAAUCGAUUCUUGACAACAAAAAACAUAAUAGUGAUAAUAAAGAACGGAAUGAUGGUUAUGAUUGUUAUUCAAAUGAAAGAUAUCCCUUCUUACAUGAACUAGAUGUAAAAUAUUAUCUCAAAAUUCCAAUGAGUACAGGAUGGAAUCAUUUCUGCUAUUUGAAGAAUCAACAUAAUGUUCUUUUUUUCAGGAGACCUAAAAAUCCAUCAUCUUUACAAUAG